CCACUGACAUUACGGUACAGGCGCGUUGCAUGGUGGGACACACAAAGUAGCAUGGAAUCGGUCACAGAGGGCAUGUUGAAUGGUUAAUAACAGACCUUUUUGUUAUUAUUUAUUUUUGCUUUAAGAAUCAAAUGUUUAAAUAGCUUAAGCUUGAUAUCGCGCUUGGGAACAGGUAUUUGAACAUGUCGAUUCUCGUGGGAUUGAUGAAAGCUGGAGCGUCUCUCUGUCACUCAUCUGGGACACUGCUAAACUCAGUCAGGACCAUCUCCACAGGAGCAUGUUGCCAGAUUAGGAUGCAUGCUAUUCCUCAGCCAAAAGUAGUUGACAGGUGGACUGAGAAGAGGAGCAUGUUUGGAGUUUACGAUAACAUCGGCAUUUUGGGGGACUUUAAAGCUCACCCCAAAGACCUAAUUAAUGCCCCCUGCUGGCUGAAGGGUUUUAAAGGUCAUGAACUGCAGCGUUUGACUAGAAAAAGGAUGAUGGUGGGAGACAGGAUGAUGACUGCGGACCGACACAACUUGGAAAAGAGGAUUCGCUUCCUCUACAAGCGUUUCAACCGUACAGGAAAACACCGCUAGUGCUGUACAAAGCAUCAGAUCAGCAUUUCAGAACUGUCAAAAUAUAUUUGGUGGGAUUUUAUCCACCCAUCAUUCUAUAAUGGUGAAGAAAUGUGUUUUUCAGCUUUAGGAACUUAUUCUAUGUUUUUGUAUUCUGUAGCAAAAGCUCUUCCAGUAAAACAACAUAUGACAUAAAAUACUAGCUGUGGAACGUAAAA